UUUGUCUAAAGCAAGAAAUUAAGAUAUUCAGUGGUGUGGGUGUGUUAUUUGGGUCAAUCAAUUGAAGGGGCUGUUUUUGUUAUUGGGUUGGGCCAAGAAAAGAGAAGAGAGGAUUUGAGUAGUUUGAGUUGGGACAACGCAGCGGAGAAGAGUCAUAAGCGGAUCCGUCUCAAACGAACAAACCUCUCUCGCUAGUACUUGCUUCCUCCACCACCUGGCAAUGAUCGCCUCUUUCUUUCUUUCUUCUCUCCAUAACAAAACUCUCUCUCUCAUCACUAUACUAAUGAAAUGAAUGAAUGAUUGUAUGAAUGGUCGUUCUAUCAAAAUCACACCCAUCUCAUCCAAAUACUCUCUCUCAUUCCCCUCACUCACAACGCCUCUUUGCAUAUCACUUUGUUAUUAUUAAGGAAAGAGAACCAAAAAAUUCAAAUGGCGGGAAAUGACUGGAUAAACAGUUACCUGGAGGCCAUCCUCGACGUGGAUACCGGCAUCGACGAUCAGAAAUCAUCUCUCCUGUUGCGUGAGAGAGGUCGCUUCAGCCCCGCCCAAUACUUCGUUGAAGAAGUCAUCACCGGCUUCAAUGAGACCGAUCUCCACCGCUCUUGGGUUCGGGCAUCAUCAAUUAGGAAUUCUGAGGAGAGAAACACAAGGUUGGAGAAUAUGUGUUGGAGGAUUUGGACCUUGGCCCGCAGGAAGAAACAGAUUGAGGGUGAAGAAGCACAACGUAGGGCAAAAAGGCAUCUUGAACGUGAAAAAGCUCGUAGAGAGGCAACUGCUGAUAUGUCAGAAGACUUAUCAGAAGGAGAAAAGGGGGAUAUAGUUGGUGAUAUUUCAGCUCAUGCUGAUAUUGCCAAAGGAAGUAUGCAAAGAGUUAGUUCUGUUGAUACGAUGGCGAAUUUGGUUACUCAAAAUAAGGAUAACAAACUUUAUCUUGUCCUCAUCAGUCUUCAUGGCUUGAUCCGCGGCGAGAACAUGGAACUUGGUCGGGAUUCUGAUACAGGAGGUCAGGUAAAGUACGUUGUGGAACUAGCCAGAGCCUUGGGUUCAAUGCCUGGAGUUUAUCGUGUUGAUUUGCUUACAAGGCAAGUAUUGGCACCAGAUGUGGACUGGACUUAUGGUGAACCAACGGAGAUGCUAAAUCCAUUAAACCCUGAGAACAGCAUGAAUGAAACUGGGGAGAGUGGUGGUGCAUAUAUAAUCCGCAUACCCUUUGGUCCAAAAGAUAAGUACCUCUCUAAAGAAGUUCUUUGGCCCCAUAUUCCAGAAUUUGUUGAUGGUGCAUUAGGCCACAUUCUACAGAUGUCUAAGGUUCUUGGGAAGCAAAUUGGCAUCGAGCAACCACUCUGGCCCAUUGCUAUUCAUGGGCACUAUGCAGAUGCAGGAAAUUCUGCUGCUCUCUUGUCUGGAGCUCUCAAUGUGCCAAUGAUUUUCACUGGCCAUUCACUUGGACGGGACAAGCUAGAACAACUCUUAAAGCAAGGGAGACAAUCGAGGGAGGAGAUAAAUUCGACAUACAAAAUAAUGCGGCGUAUAGAGGCUGAGGAGAUGACUCUUGAUGAUGCUGAAGUAAUAAUUACCAGCACAAGACAGGAAAUAGAGGAGCAGUGGCGUCUGUACGAUGGAUUUGAUCCAGUUUUAGAGCGUAAACUUCGCGCUCGAAUCAAACGCAAUGUUAGUUGUUACGGAAGGUUCAUGCCACGCAUGGUUGUAAUUCCCCCUGGAAUGGAGUUCCGUAAUGUUGUUCCACAUGACGGAGACAUUGAUGGAGAAGCAGAAGGAAAUGGAGAUGGUUCUGGAACUCCAGAUCCUCCCAUUUGGUCAGAGAUUAUGCGUUUCUUUACCAAUCCACGAAAGCCAAUGAUACUUGCUCUUGCUAGGCCAGAUCCAAAGAAGAAUUUAAUCACUUUGGUUAAAGCUUUCGGAGAGUGUCGCCCCUUGAGGGAUCUUGCUAACCUUACUUUGAUAAUGGGAAAUAGGGAUGCAAUCGAUGAUAUGUCUACUACAAAUUCAUCUGUCCUCCUUUCUAUACUCAAAUUGAUUGACAAAUAUGACCUUUAUGGUCAUGUCGCCUAUCCUAAACAUCAUAAGCAAUCCGAUGUUCCUGAUAUAUACCGUCUGGCUGCGAAAACAAAGGGUGUUUUUAUCAAUCCAGCUUUUAUUGAGCCAUUUGGUCUCACCUUAAUUGAGGCAGCAGCUCGAGGCCUGCCUAUUGUUGCCACAAAAAAUGGAGGUCCAGUUGACAUUCAUCGGGUUCUUGAUAAUGGUGUUCUAGUCGACCCACAUAAUCAGCAAUCUAUUGCUGAUGCUCUCCGGAAGCUUGUUGCUGAUAAGCAACUUUGGGCCAGAUGUAGGGAUAAUGGAUUGAAAAAUAUUCAUCUUUUCUCAUGGCCCGAGCAUUGCAAGACAUAUCUAGCCCGAGUAACCAGUUGCAAGCAAAGGCAGCCAAAAUGGCAAACAAAUGAUAAUGCCUAUGCAGAUUCAGAAUCUGAUUCUCCUGGAAGUUCCUUGAGAGAUAUUCAAGAUCUAUCAUUAAGUCUGAAAAUUUCAUUAGAUGGUGAGAGGAAUGAUGUCACAUCAGUUUUAAAAGGCCAAGAAACCGCUGUUGACCGGAAAAACCAGGUGAAGAGUGCACCUUUGAAGUUGGCAGCAAACGAGUCCAUGGAAAAACCAGAAAAUUGUAGGUUUCCAGCAUUGAGGAUGAGGAAGUUCAUCUUAUACAUUGCUGUGGAUAGUGAUUCAAUAGCUGAUAUUCUAAGUAUUACCAAAAUAAUAGUUGAAGCUGCAGGUAGGACGGAUAAGGACCCUCAGUCUAUUGGCUUCAUUUUAUCUACAUCUUGGAGUAUGUCUGAAAUAAACUGUCUUCUGGAGAAGGCUGGUCUAAAGUCCAGUUAUUUUGAUGCAUUUAUCUGCAACAGUGGUAGUGAAAUAUACUACCCAUCUCCAAGUCCCGGACAAAAUUCCUCUGAAUCACAGUAUAUGGUAGACUCAGAUUAUCAGUCUCACAUUCAUUAUCGUUGGGGUGGAGAGAGCUUGAGGAAUACUUUGGUAAGGUGGGCUGCUUCUGUCAAUGAUAAUGUGAAAGACAAGCGUGAACCUGUAAUCACUGAACUUGACUCUGGAUCUUCACAUUGCUAUGAAUUUAGAGUGCAAGAUGCAGCACUGGUUCCUCCUUUCAAGGAACUCAGGAAAUUGAUGAGAAUUCAGGCCCUCCGAUGCCAUGCUGUAUACUGUAAAAAUGGAGAAAGGAUAAAUGUGAUUCCUGUUCUGGCUUCUCGAGCUCAAGCCCUUAGGUACUUGCAUGUUCGAUGGGGUAUAGACAUAUCAAAUGUUGUGUUUUUCGUGGGAGAGUGUGGAGAUUCUGAUUAUGAGGCUUUGCUUGGUGGGCUACACAAAACUGUAAUCCUGAAAGGACAGUGCAAUGGUGCAAGUAAAAUUCAUACCAACAGAAGCUAUCCUCUUGAACACGUCGUACCAACCGACGAUCCAAAAACCGUUCAAUGUGAAAAAUGUGACAGGGAUGGUAUCAAAGCAACACUAGAAAAACUAGGUGUUAUUAAGGUUUAGUCGAUAAAAGCCUUUUUAGUGUUAUCUUUUCUUCCUGAUUUUCUGGUGGGCGUCUAGGAGAAAUAUCUGACAUUUAGUUAACAGGUGAAUUUUUCUGUUGCUCGUUAUUCCUUCAGUUCAUUGCAGUCGCAGUGCAAACGUUCCUCAAUGAGCUAGAAAUAAUUGUUUGUUUAUUUGGUUUAAAUGAGCUAGUUAUAAAUGAAUGCAUGGGUAAUUG